AUAUGUUUCCCAACAGAUUUUGGGCCUCACCGAGCCCAAUUACGGAAGGCAGAGCACCCGCCUGCUCGCCGCAGGGCAUCAUGGUUCGGCUCGAGUACACGGCGACCUGUUCGCAGCGCGCCACUACCGGCGCCGCCCUCAUCAUCGCCGCCGCCAGGCUCUCCUACGCCAACAUCGAGCCCCAGCGUGCCAAGGCCUUCAUCCAUCGCAAGCUCGGAGGGUCCGCCUCCCCACAGCAUCAGGAGCAGGAUCCAGCCCGGAGCACCUAGGGUCGGCCGAGAUGAUGGGAAUCAAGUCAUUGACAAAUUAGGGGCAGGGCAAUCUGCCUGGAAACAUCCCGCAACGUCACCAACGCAUAGCCACAGAGAGAGAAGAGAAGACAAGUGCCGCGCCCAAGCCCAUUCGCACCUUCACCGCCGACGGUCCGGUCUACCCCGCCGUGUCAUUCACAGAGAUCAUUUCGCUGGAGAAAACCUCAUCCAACAUCACUACUUCGCCGCUAACCCAGUGUAUCCACCGCAUGUGUUUCGUAGAAGGUUCCGCAUGAGUAGGCCUUUGUUUCUCCGCAUUCUGCAAGGUCUUCAACAACACGAUAUUUACUUUACACAAAGAGUUGACGCAACUGGUAUGCCCGGACUAGGACCAUUACAAAAAGUUUGUGCAGCCAUGCGGAUACUUGCUUAUGGCUUACCUUCAGAUGCGGUAGACGAGUAUAUUCAAAUUGGGGAAUCAACGGCUAGGGAAUGCCUUCAUCAUUUUUGUCGCGCAAUCAUUGAUUGUUUUAGUGCUUGGUAUUUACGCACUCCAACUCAAGAUGACAUUAAUCGCAUCAUGCAUAAUAGUGAGUCGCGGGGUUUUCCUGGCAUGUUGGGAUCCAUCGAUUGCAUGCACUGGGAGUGGAGGAACUGUCCAACGGCAUGGCGAGGUCAAUUUUGUGGUCGAAAUGGUAGGGCAUCCAUGAUACUUGAAGCUGUUGCAACGUAUGAUCUAUGGAUUUGGCAUGCAUUUUUUGGCAUGCCUGGGACAAACAAUGACGUGAACGUGCUCCACCGUUCCCCCGUCUUUGACCCAAUCACUACUGGUCGAAUGCCCCCUGUCAAUUACACAGUUAAUGGUAAUGCGUACAACUUCGGUUAUUACCUCGCUGAUGGUAUUUACCCAAACUGGCCUACUUUUGUGAAAGCAAUCCGACACCCAUACGAGGAAAAGAAAGUCUACUUCACUCAGAUGCAGGAAAGUUGCCGAAAGGAUAUUGAGCGUGCAUUUGGAGUACUUCAAGCCCGGUGGGCGGUGCUCCGUGGACCAGCUUAUGGUUGGGAUCGUAAUCGUUUGACAGAGAUAAUGACGGCUUGCAUCAUCAUGCAUAACAUGAUCGUUGAAGACGAAGGCCCAUUUGCUGCAAACAUUGAUUUCGGAGACAACUCUUCAAGGAUUGAUUCAUCUCAAAUAAUAGCGGAAGGCCGUGCCGAAUGGGUUAUUAACCACUUCGAUCUACGUCGCCAAGAUAGAUCGUGCUCCCUUCAAAAUGAUCUUGUCGAGCACUUAUGGAGUCGCCGUGGAAGUAUGUAAUACUAGAGUGUCGUAGCAGCUGAGUUCGUACUUACUAUCACUACUUGUUAUGUGUUUUCGUCUAAGUUUGUAUUCGAAUAAAUAAGCUACGUUUCGCAAAUUUGCCAAACAACCUAGUACAUUUUAGUUCACAUACUAAGUUUUAUUGUACCACACACAACGGAACAUAAGAAAUCAUGUUUUCUUGAACAAUUUAUAACAUACCAUUCGAUUG